GCUCAUAGCGCCGCUGAGCCCCGACUGCUGAACUCAGGCUACGGCGGCGUUCGACGGGAUGGUCAUGUCCCUUUUUGAUUGACAGUUGAUCCUGACCCACAUCUCGGAGCGGCUCGAAAGCUGAACGUCCCGGCAGCACCAGUGUCGACACUUUCGCGUCUUCUUUCGGCCUAAACGCGUUUUAACAGCCAGUGAUCCAGAAGCUGCCACAGUCGUCCUGGCUUUCUAUUGGUGGAGGAACUUGGAGAAGAAUCCCUCGGCGGCCGAAGCUGAAGAUCCGCCCCUCCUGCUCUCCUGGUCUGAGUCCAACUGGUCCACCUGGUUUGAGUCCGACAUGGAGCCCCUGGACGCCGCAGGACCCGCGGGUCCCGCCGGACACGGACCCGGGGUCCUGGACUACUCCAGGCUCCAGCUCAGCACCCUGAGCGCGGAGAGCCUCGGGGAGGAGCGGAGGAGCGACACGGUCGAGCUGUACCUCCACCACAACCGGCUGGCCUCCCUGCCCCUCUCCGUCCUCCUCUUCUCCAACCUCCAGUUGCUGGACAUCAGCAACAACGGCCUGUCCGUCCUCAGUGAGGACAUCACCCGGCUGACCAAGCUGAAGACCUUCAUCGCCAAGAACAACCGCCUGGACGAGGCCUCGCUGCCCAAGGAGUUCGGCUCCAUGCAGCUGGAGACGCUGAACUUCAGCGGGAACCGCUUCGAGGAGAUCCCGCUCCAGUGCACCAAGCUGCGACGCCUGCAGUCCCUCUCGAUGGGGGGGAACCGCCUGAGGAGCAUCCCCGCGGAGAUCGAGGACCUCACCAGCCUGGAGCUCCUGUAUCUGGGGGGGAACUUCAUCACCUCCAUCCCGGCGGAGCUGGCCAACCUGCCCUACCUGAGCUACCUGGGGCUGUGUGACAACCGCAUCCAGGGCGUCCCGCCGCAGCUCACCAGGCUCCACUCGCUGCGCUCGCUCAGCCUGCACAACAACCUGCUGACCUACCUGCCGCGCGAGAUCCUCAGCCUGGUGCGGCUGCAGGAGCUCAGUCUCCGCGGCAACCCGCUGGUGGUGCGCUUCGUCAAGGAGAUGACCUACGACCCCCCCUCGCUGCUGGAGCUGGCGGGGCGCACGGUGAAGAGCCGCAACGUGCCGUACUCGCGCUGCGACCUGCCCGCCAACCUGCUGCACUACCUGGACCUGGCCAGCAAGUGCCCCAACCCCAAGUGUGCCGGCGUGUACUUUGACUCGUGCGUGCGCCACAUCAAGUUCGUGGACUUCUGCGGGAAGUACCGCCUGCCCCUGAUGCACUACCUGUGCUCCCCGGAGUGCACGUCGCCCUGCAGCUCCAACCCGCAGAGCGACGCCGAGUCCGAGGACGAGAGCAGCGUGCCCGCGGACCGCCUGCAGAGGGUGCUGCUGGGAUAGCAGCGACGCUCCAGGGGCCGCCCCCUCGGGACCCCACCUUUGUACCGGCCCCCUGCCUAUGCACACAACACUUAGCACCCAGCCCUCGCUGGAACGUAUGCACCCGCAAGGGCCAACCAGAGUGUAGCUCUAUAGAUAUAGAACGGAGAGAAGCGGAAAACAAACAUGGUCCUCCUCAUUUCAUUCACCGGGAUAUCUAUAUCUAUAUCUAUAUAGAUAUAGAUGUAGAUAUAAUAAGCUCAUUUGCUGUACAGGUAAAGGAAUUGUGCUGAGUGCAUCCUUUGGUGUCUUUUCAAUCAUCGCUCAGUCAAGAGGAGCAGGUCCUGGUCUUCAGGAUUCCUGUCCUGGUCUUCAGUAGUCCAGGCCUGGUCUUCAGUAGUCCUGGCCUGGUCUUCAGUAGUCCGGUCCUGGUCUUCAGUAGUCCGGUCCUGGUCUUCAGUAGACCAGUCCUGGUCUUCAGCAGUCCAGUCCUGGUCUUCAGUAGUCCAGGCCUGGUCUUCAGUAGUCCAGGCCUGGUCUUCAGUAGUCCAGGCCCUUGUCCUAGCGAGGCUGCAUCCCAUUUCUCAGACUGAAGAUCCGGGAACAGUUUUAUAGCGUGAACGGCCCCAUCAUCCCACUGGUACCUGGGCCUCUGGACUAGACUGGGCGGAGCACCUUCCCAGCACCCCUUACUGGGCGGACAGGGAACCCCAGUCCCACUCUGACGCAGAGCCAGUGGUCCCAGCGGGGCGUGGCCUGGGACGGUCUGUGGUGUAGAGGGCUCUGCGUGGCGGGGGACCCUCUGGUGCUCUGCUUCAUCGUCAAAGGGGGUCCGUUUGAGACCACUCGACCAAGGAGGUGAACCGUACCAGCGGUACAUCGUACCAGUGGUAACCCGUACCAGAGGUACACUGUACCAGCGGUAACCCGUACCAGAGGUAACCCGUACCAGAGGUAACCCGUACCAGCGGUAACCCGUACCAGAGGUACACCGUACCAGUGUGUACCUUUUCCCAGAAGCUUGGACUUGAGGCAGCAGCCGGUUGGAGGUCUGUAGGUCCAGGGACAAACACUCUGACACGCCCACACGGUGAGCUCAGCCAGUGAGAGGACCUUUCCAUGGAAGUAGAAUGCAUACAUCUUCAGGAAUAGAUAGGGAAAUGGACAAAAUAGUAUUUUUAAUAAUUGCCAAACACAAAUUCACCCGUCUUUAGAUGACGGUAAACUGAACCCCGACCGGGUUGAGUCGGGGUUCAGAGAACGCCUUCACGUUACGGAGCACCGCGCUGAGACCUGCCUUACUGAUUGUGACUCCUAACAGAAAUGAAACAAUGUGAUAUUUGCACCCUUUAAUGUGAUAUGAUUAACCAUUUAGCGUGUAUAUUGGUUAUCUUUUGUAACAAAUUGUACUGCUUUUAUACAAAUGAGACUCAAGCACAUGUGGAAACGCAAAUAACUUUUUAGCGGUGCCUCUGAAUAGAGGAGGCAUUAUGGUGUGUAUUUAUGGACUAAUGUUUACUCACUGUGUAUAAUGACAAUAAUAAAUGAUUUUAAGGCUU